UCUCUCUCCUUUUCUCUUUUCUUUUCUUUUCCUUCUCUUCCUUUCCUGGUUUUCUUCCUCGCUGGUUCCUGCUUGCUUCUCACGGCGGCUGGCGCAGAGCAGCUCAGGCCGGCGGAGGCGGCACGGCGUGGUGGCGGGGAGCUCGGCCGGUGCACUGCGCGACGACGACGGCGAGGCAGCGGCUGCGCAGCGCAGCGCAGCGUGACGGCGGCGAGCAGGCGGUGGCGCUGGCGGGCCGGCGGAUGGCAGCGCGGCAGCAGCGCGCAGCGCACGGCGACGCGAAGCUCUGGCGGCGACGGCUGGCGCAGGUGGACAGCAGCGCACAGCAGCGAUGGGGAGAGAGAGAGAACUGGCGACAACACAAACUCUCUGGAUGGGUCGGGGUGAUGACCGAUCCAUCUGGAGCUUUAUCUUUUUUUAUUUUAUUUUUUUAAAACAAUCAACGGUCUAAAUUUAUUGGACUUUCUACGGGUCACAAAGUGCUCAGAAUGGACAUAUGAAUAGCAAAAUGGGUUCGUCUCGACGAGAUAAACGCAACCACAGUUUCCGAUCGUCCAUACGAGCAACGGAUCAAAAGGUCAACUUUUGGUCAAAAUCUUCUUUUUUUCUCUCUCAAAUAUUUGGUAUUACAAUGGCAGGAGAAAAAACAAAGCUGGAGAUGUGCUGCACCCACCAGGGGAACAAUUCAAAGACAAAGAAACCUUUUGUGCGCCUGGGUUGCCCAACAAUGGUCCGGGUGAAUAGAAGUAAUGGUGAUGAUGUGUGGAUAUUAACAAAAUUUGUUACAGAGCACAACCAUCCCAUGAAAGGUAGAACUGGAGUGACUAUGAACUACCAGUCGCACAACCGAAUUGAUGAGGGCACCAGAGGUAUUGUUGCUGACAUGGUGGAUAGUGGGAUCAAGUCAACCAACAUGUAUGGUCUGUUGGCAGGGUUGCAUGGGGGUCCUUCGAUGGUUCCAUUUAAUAGAAGGGCCAUGGAUAGGUUAGCAUAUGUGAUUAAGCGAGAUGAAUGCAGCGACAAUGUUCAGAAAACUCUUCCGGGAAAAUGAGGCCAAGAGUAAGAACUUCUUUUAUAGUGUUCAAGUCGACAAGGCAUGCCGAGCGAAGAAUAUUUUCUGGGCGCAUGCAGUAUCUAGACUGAAUUUUGAGUUGUUUGGAGAUGUAGUGAAAUUUGACACUACCUGCAGGACGAAUAAGUAUGAAAUGCCAUUUGCUCCUUUUGUUGGGGUGAAUAAUAAUUAUCAAAGCACGAUAUUUGGUGGUGCAUUGCUCAGAGAGGAGACAAUUAAAUCAUUCAAGUGGUUGUUUGGAACUUUUAAGAAGUGCAUGAACGGGAAGGAGCCAAAGUCCAUACUUACAGACAAUUGCCAAGCCAUGGAAGUUGCAAUUGGAGAAGUGUUUCCCAAUACUUUGCACCAGGUGUGCAAGUGGCAUGUGCUGAAGAAAGCCAAAGAACGGGUAGGAAACAUUUACAGCGGGAAGCGUUCACCGUUCAAAGAAGAGUUCCACAAAGUUUUGAACCAAUCACGCACCGUUGAAGAGUUUGAAUAUGCAUGGCGCGAAUUGAUGUCAAGAUAUGGUCUGCAGGAGAGUGUGUAUAUGAAUCAGAUAUGGGAUAUUAAAGAAAAGUGGGCAUUUGUGUACUUUGCAGAAUAUUUCUUUGCCGGAAUGACUACUACUCAGAGAAGUGAGUCUGCAAAUCAUGUAUUCAAGAAGUUUAUAGGACCAUCAUGCUCCAUGUUUGGGUUUGUGAAGGGCUAUGAAAGAUUCUUACAAGACAGGCUGCAGGUUGAGGACACCGAAGAGUUCCAUACUGAAAAUGAAAAGGUAGAGAACAAAACAAAUUCGCCAAUAGAAAAACAUGUCGCAAGAAUAUAUACAAGAGGUGUGUUUAACUUAUUCAGUGAACAGCUUGUUGAUAGUUUAUCAUUCAAGCUUGAGCCAUCUGAAACUGAAAAGGUACACAAAGUUAUUCACAUGUGCAAGGAUUCUACUAAUUGGUGGCGGCGCCCUGAACAUGAGGUAUAUGCCGAUGUCGAUCGAAAGGAAUUCUCCUGUAACUGCAAAAUGUUUGAGCAGAAGGGUAUAUUAUGUUGUCACGUACUGAGGGUCAUGUUUCAAUAUGGAAUAUCUGAGAUACCAGAUAGAUAUAUCCUGAAAAGGUGGACCAAGAAUGCAAGAGACUACAUACCAUCACAUCUUCAGGGAUACAAAGAUGACGAGGAUGCUACGGCAUCUAGAACAUACAGGCAUUCUAUGCUUAGCAGGUUAUCAAUGGAGCUUGCAAGACGGGGGAAUAAGGAUGUAGAAACAUAUAGGAAAACCAUGGAUGCGAUGUCUCAACUAUUAGAUGAUCUAAAGAUUGGGGAAUCUUCACAAGACGAUGCCUCAGGUAUGCAAGGCCCAAAUAGAUCAGGACAGCAAACGGCAAGGAGGUAAACACACUCAAAAUAAUAAGAACGAUGUCGAUGUCAACUUGACAGAAACAGAUGAGGAAUUGGAGCUUGAGGUAACUAGUGAAGAGGGUGUAGGGCAUGGAUUGGUGGCUCGAGAGGUGUUGCCUCCAGUAGCGAAGCAUAAAAGAGGAAGGCCAAGGGUGAAAAGGAUGAAGACAGGGGGCGAAGAGGCAAGCGUGCAAUAUGCACGUGACAAAAGAAAGGAAAGAAAUAUGAAGAUGGAUUUAGAUGUUCCGGUAGUAGGAUCAUCUUCUGAGGGCACACAGAACUUAGAAGGAGACAACAUACCGCCACGUCCAAGAUACUGCCACACAUGUGGCGAACGAGGUCAUUAUGCAAGCACGUGUGGAAAGGACUCGACAUAUAAGAGGAAGGACCAUUUUAAGGGAUAGAGUAUAUUUGUGAUGUGUUCACUCUCUUGUUAUAAAAAAAUGAUCAUUUGUUUCAUGUAAUUUGAUUUGUGUCGAGCUGUAAUCGUAGUGUUGGGACGGUUUAAUUUGCUUGUUUUGGGGUGCUGGUUAGUAAAUUUUGAUAUUUUACAAUACAGGAUACGCAAUACCAUGUAGUGAUUGCAGGGUAAUUGACGCAAUGGUUUUCCUGUGUUGGUUUUAGGAAAAGUUAAAAUCGUCUCCGAUUUUACAAGACAGAGUCUGAUUACUCGCUAUGAUGAUGUUUGUUGAUCUCAGCUUGGGUGAGGUGUUAGUGUUGUUGUACCUCAUCAGCUAGAAUGCUGCUAGAACACUAUCCUAACAAUAGCUCCAUGUUACACUCUGAUCAA